UUACAAUAAAGCAUGCUAGAUGCAUAUCAAUUCUACUUUCGUUUUUUCCCUUUACUGUAAAUAUAUUAAACCAUGGCUGUAACAAAUGAAACCCCAGCAACAUUGGAUCUGAUUAUUAAUCAUGGUAGGUAAAUAUAUAUAGUGAAACUAAAAGUAAGUUUUAACAAUGUGUGUGCAUUCCUACAGCCUAGGGCCCUAGGGGGCCAUCGACAAAUAGAUUCCGUCCACCGAUCGCAGACUUGUUCCGUGAUGGUGUUUACCCCCUGGCCCCCUCCUCCAUCGCGGACCAACAUGGGACAGUAUAAAAUAUGAGGUUUGGGGCAUCUACACUCUACGGUUAUCGUAUAUAUCGUACGUGCAUGUGUCAAGUUGUCAACAACAAAUGGUCAAUGACCGCGAUCAAAUAACAAAUACUCCAGCGUAUUAAAAUGUUUGGAUAAAUUAUGUCAAAUAAACUUCGCUGGGUUUAAUUAUGGAUAAUAUGCAAUGUCAAUUCUUUUUCACACACACUAAUUCAGAUUUUGUCCUCAUUUUGCUUUUCUUAGCAGAUUCAAAGCCGACUCCCCCCCAUUGAGUUGUUCCAGAAAAGAUUCAUACUCCCCCCCACAGACGAAAUAUUUUCAGCCAUCCGGAGAGGGAGGGGAUAAAAAAUUGUUUCUGAUAAUAGUAAAUGUAUUAGGACAUCUGAAGGGGGUAGGGGGGUUAAAUUAUUAAUGGAGGAGAUUUUGUGACCAUAUUGAUUGGUGAUGAAAUGUUGAUUACUGUUAUAACGGCCAUUAACCAGGCUAUCUUGGGAAUGUACUAAAACUGUCUGUACCAGUGUUGGUAGUACCAAAGUGAAAAUGCUGUGCUGAAUGGUUAUAUAUUACUACCUUAAAAAAUAAGCAGAAACUCGACGUUUCAAGCGAAGGCCCUUCGUCAAGAGUUAGUAGAAGGGCCUUCGAAGGGCCUUCGCUCGAAACGUCGAGUUUCUGCUUGUUUUUUAAGGUAGUAAUAUAACCACUCAGCACAGUAUCUUGGGAAUGGCAUGCUGUGCAAUUACCAUGAUAAAUGUAUAUGCCUUGGCACACGCCUCAGCUUAUCAAGAAGUACAAUUUAUUGCAUACCUCGAUUAAGCUGCAAUGCAAACUAGAUUUAUAAAAACAAAAACUAUAUAUUAUAUAUAUUUCAAUAAAUAUUCUGAAUAUAUGACAACACAAUAAUUACUGGGUAUAUUCAUGACACAAUAACAUGAGCUAGAAGGUAUGCCCCUUUGAUUGCCUGUGCUCCGGUUUCCCGAGGUUAUCCUCAUACAGUAUUGCCUUCUAGUGCAAUAUGUCAAGUGAAAAAAACUUAGUAUGGGUCUUUGUCUGUUGUCAUUAAUAGAGAGCUUAAACGGAAAAUCAAUGACGUAUGUGCUCAGAAUAAUUUCAGUGCUCAGUAAUUUUUCAAUGCUCAGUAAUUUAUACACUUUCAACCAACAAUACAAACAGCUCUUUUCAGCAAAAAUGAUGCCCAUUUUCCACCAGGUGAAUUUGUUCGUGUGAAUAGUUAAAAAAGUAGGAACUAACCCAACUUUUUCACUGUGAAUUUUUUCACCAACCAAUCACAUUUCCAAGAUUUGUUUUUCGCUUCACGCAAAUUACAAAUUCGCCUAGGGAGUGGUCAUUAUUUAUGGGGAGGAGGGGAGUGGUCAUUAUUUAUGGGGAGGAGGGGGUUGGUAAAUGGGGAAAAUAAGGAUUGAAAACUUUUUUGACCCCCCUACCAGACUGAAGAAAACUUUUUGAGCCCCGGCCCUCUCAUAAAAGUAGAAACUUUUCUGACUCCCCCUGUGUGGAUUGAAAAAUUAAAAGCAAUGAAACAAGUGUGCAUGCAGGUAAAGUUAGAUAUUAGGACAAUCUUUUUAUUCUAUGAUUAAAAAAUAUAUAUUAUGUGUUACUACUUUGCAAUGCAACAUUUGUCCUACCAUAACCCUAACUGAUGGCCCGUCUUCAUACAGUGAAAUGAUUUGAACACAGGGCUUUUUUAAGAACUUGUCUGGGGGUGGCAUCUACAAAAAGGGACCAUACUAUACUGAGUGUGGAGAGAUGACAGAUGGUUGUUGGUGACAAAAGUUGGUGUGGUAUCGUAUGUACUAUUAGGGGGGUCUGGCGGUAUUCUCUGCCAGAAAAUGUUUUGUAUUUUUCCACCCCUAGAACUGAAAUGUGAUUAUGUGAGCAUUUUCUGAAACAGAUUUUUGGAUAUACAGCGUUACAUUGUGCUUUGAUAUAGACCGAAUCUGAUCAGUUAUUAUUAAGUAUGUUUAUGUAAAUACCACAACUGUGUCACUCAGGGGGUAGGAAGCUUGUUAAACUUAGUGGGCCUGACUCCCACAAGGCACUACCAUGAUUGGUGCCGAGCAGGAAAAUUUUGAGUCUCUAGAUCGUUGGAAAUGGCAUUUUCAGAGUCUUCUUUACCUCUUUGUCAUUAUGACUUGUGAGUCUAUGCUAUUUGUGAUUAUAGAAACCAGAACUCUAUACAUGGUAUUUAAGUUCAAAAACUUUUUUAACCCCCCCCCUUUCUCUUCCUUUUUUGUUUGCCCCCCACUCCCAUUUACCAAACCCCCUCCCCCUCUCCCCAUAAAUAAUGACCACUCCCCUAGUGGAAAAUAGACUUAUUAAAUAAGUAAUUUAAGUAAAGUUUUCACAUCACAAUAUAAGCUUUCACCUUGCUUGAAAGAUGUGAUAAUGCUUAGUUUAACAUUGGACCACAAAUUAUUCAUAAUUUUUGUCUUGCAUUCAUGAAAAUUUCCUUUGACUCUGUUUUGAAAGUGCAUUGUUGAGCUGGCUGUAGACCUUAAACUCUCUAUUAUAUUCUCUAUUAUAUUACUUUUUCUUAUGUUGCAUUCUAAAAAGGACCUCAGAAACAUGCAAUCACCUUACAUGCCAAUUCAAGUGGUGUGUUCACUGUCCAGUCACUGGCAGAAUAUGUUGAAGAACAAUUUGGAGUACCUCCUAAGUCCCAGAAGUUGAUUCAUAAAGGUAGAUAUAAAGAUCGAGCAAAAGACUAGGCACAAGCUAGUAAACUAGCUGUGAAAAGGUAUAAUGGAAAUUUAUAUAUGAUGGAAAAUGGAAUAGAUAUCACAAACAGAAUGGAAAAAUUUAAAAAGGACUAGAAUUAAACAGAACAGAAUAGAAUAUAUGGAACGAAAUGUAAAUGGAGUAGUUAAUUAAGUUAAGUUAAUAGUUUAGUAGUUAAUUAAGUUAAGUUAUUUAAGUCACUUAAAUUUUUAGGCAAAUCAUUGCAAGAGUUUUCAGCCAAAUUAUCAUCGUAUGGUAUAAAAUCAGGCAGCAAAAUCAUGUUAAUUGGGAGUAAGGUACAGUUUAGCGCAACGUCCGUCAGAAAUUUAGUUAUUUAAAGAUCUUUCAUAAAAUGAGAAGAAACUUUGUGAAUGCUUAAUUGGUGUUAGUGCACACUUACUGUAUUACAAUUACACCGUAUUGUUAUGCAGAAAUUUGUGAUGUGAACAUACCACACAGGAAGAUUUUUGGUGUUGUGAGAUUUGAUCCAGCUUCAAAAAGUCUCAACGCAGAGUGGCGAAUUACUAAAGGCCCGUUUAUACACUUGCAAUUUUUGCUGCGAUUCCUAGUGCAAUUUCCUCCUUCUGAUGCAUGUGAACGAGUAGAUAAGUUAUGAAUAUUCUGAAUGUAUCUACCGUCAUCUGAACGUUCAUAACUUAUCCGCUCAUUUACAUCCAUCAAGAAGAAAAUUGCACCCAAAAUCGCAGCAAAACGGGGGUGUAAACGAGCCCUAAAAGUUAAUUCAUACAGCAUCAUCGCCGACGAUUUUCUGCGCAAUGCCGCCCAGAAUACAUUUCAGUAGUUUCCUAGCAGCAUCAAAUUAGGACUACAAUAGCACUGCAAUUGUAGUCUAGGUAAAGACUCUUUCCGUAUGCACAUAUACGCAUGUAAAAGUUUAAAUCCAUCUUAAAUGUUACGGUGGACAAAUGGACAAUAUAUUAUUUUCUUAUGAUCAAUGUGUAUAUGUUGAGGUAAUUAGUACAUACGUAAAAUUUAGAAAGAUUUAAACUUUCCCAUGUGUGUGUGCGUAUAUCACUAUAUGUAUAUAAUAAAGCCUUAAGACCGGGCCUCAGAGCACCUGGCACACAUAUAUAAAGACGAACUUAAACCCCAAAUCUGUUUCUAUUUUCUUACUUAAUGUUUACAGUAUGCCCUUGAUGAAGAUCCAAACAAUAAACAACUUUCGAAAAUAGAUGACUCUGUGGAUGAACAGCAGAGACAACUUGGAAUUCUGCUGAGAGAAUUUGAUGGUAUUAAACAGGUAGUUGUUUAGUGUGGAAUAUUAUUUUAGAGCACUUGUUCAGUGCUGUUUUUGACAACGUGCCAGACUUUGAGACGAUAAUUUUCGUUGAGAUUUUGCAUUCAAUUGUUCAAUUUAGUUUAUAAUUUUAAUAUAAAUCUUCGGAAAACAAUAUAAACUUUAUAUUUACACCUCGAGCACACAAAAGUGAACGUAACCAUAUGAUGUAACGUACACGAACGUACAAAACCUGAGCCCGCGAUAAACAACGCGGUUAUUAAUAAGGAUACAGCUAACCCAAUAUAAUGUUAUCAUUUAAAACGUUAAAACGUUUCUAAACUGUUGAGUGCUAUUUACAACAUAAUUGUACAUGGAAAUUAAGUAAAAGCUCACAUGGUCCUUCGAGCCGGAUAUAUUGCUCGGAGGGCAUUUCAUCUUUACUUAUCUAACAUUUAUGUAUACUAUACUUUGUACAUUCAGGGUUACUUGGAAGAAAAACUUGCCUUGGAAAGCGUCAACAAGUUGAUCAAGAAAACCAAAGGCAUUAUCGAAGAAAAUAUGAAGAUGAUAGAAUUCGUUGACAGCCUUGUAUGUGAAAUUCUUUAAUCUUAAUGUAAGAAUAUGGUUUAGAAAAAUAAGAACACAAUUAUUGAAUGACUAAAAGUGUAGGUAGGUUUCACUAAGCACUAUCAUGCAUGCAGCACAUGCAGGUGGUCAAUCAGCUAGAUAUAGCAACUAGUCGUCGGGAUUCUCGGUUUUGCGGAUUUCGCCAUUUUGCAGGCUCCAACACCCCCAUCCUUAGAAACGUAAAAUGAUAUAGCGUGAUAACAUGAUAAGAAGUAUAUAUAUAUAUGCAAAAAAAAGAGAAAUACUAUUGUCUAAUUAAAAUUCGAUGGUAUAUAAUAGUUGUAAAAGUGUUUAUAUAAUGCACCUCUUCGUCAUAUUGCAGCUGAAAUUCAUUUUUUAAAAUUUUGACAGGAAAUCGGUGUACUGCUCAAAAGAAGAAGAAAAAAUCUCGUCAUAAAGAUGCAGGUACCUCAAAUAGAAUUUUUUAAUACUUUCAUAGAAAAAUGCCAAGAAUUAGCAUGAUCCUUUGCCCAAGAUGUUAUGAUAAAAGUAAUUAGUUGCAUUGUUUACAAACAUAAAUUAAGAAGAAUUGGCUUGAAACUUGUCAAAAUGAUAUUUUAUCGUAUUUUUUCGAGAGAUAACUUUUUUUAUUAUAAGUAUUAAUGAACUAAAAGUAUUGCAGUGGAUUUUAUAUUUCACAUUUUACACGUAAUGUAGUGCAUGCAAGCGCCCAAAGAACUUUGAUGGCCUUGAAGCACUGGAAGGAAGACAGAUUCUUUAUUUUUGCUUGAAAAUCACUUGACCCCAUGCGAGUGCAAGCUAGUCCAGCCGCCAACUUGUUAGCAGAAAAAUAUCGACUUGGUGACGUGUCUUAAGAUAGAAAAAGAAAUUGAUUGACACACAAUGCUCGUGUGAAAAGAUCGUUAUAGUCAAGACAAGGCUAAGAUCCUCGAUAACGCAGGAAAGUCUUGAAUCAUUGAUAACUAUUGAAAAGGAAACAAUACAUUUUAGUUUCGAUGCAACUAAAGAAUACAUCAUUUACAAGUUUGGCAUGUAUUCUAAAGAACUGAGCUCUUUUAUUAAUACAGUAAUACUAUUAUUGUAAACUUUGUUUAAAACUAUCAGGCUUGUUUCAUACGUCGAAUUUAAUUCAGACGAAUUUAAUUCGUUAUUGAAUUCGUCAAUUGGUCGACAUUAAAAUGGUUUCCAAACGACGAUUUUAAUUCAGACGAAUUCAUUUCAUGAUUAGCGAUCGCAUGGAUUACCCAGAAAUAAAAACCACGGGAUCAGAAGACAGAAACUAGCCUCCUCCUCAGGCAUCUCACUUGAGGAAUCGGGUGGUCUGGAAAAAACAUUUUCAAAACCCAUUCGCAGGCUAAAACCCAUAGAGAGGCCUGCGGAGGAGGCUAGACAGAAACAGGCUUUAACACAAUUUAUGCAUUUAAUUAAAUGCGACGUCGUAUGAAACGAAGACGCUACGGACGUUGUAUCCAUCUGACCAUGACGGAUAAAGCGUCUUGGACGAAUUUAAUUCAGAUGAAUUUAAUUCGUUUCACAAGAUGCACUACCGUCGCAUUUAAUUCAUUCAAUUAAAUUCGACGAUAGUGCGACGUAUGAAACAGGCCUUAAGGCCGCUUUCCACUUCAACCGUAUCGAAACGUAGCGUAGCGUAUUUCUUUGUUUCCUGAGCGCUAGAGUGGAACUAAUGACUUUAACACAAAAGAAAAUUAUACGUUACGUUACGAUACGGUUGAAGUGGACGAUGGCCCUAACCACCGCCCUAACCACCGCCCUAACCACCGCCCUAACCACCGCCCUAACCACCGCCCUAACCACCGCCCUAACCACCGCCCUAACCACCGCCCUAAACACCGCCCUAAACACCGCCCUAACCACCGCGGCCCUAACCACCGCGGCCCUAACCACCGCCCUGGCCUGGGUGCUCAGCUGUUUAAAUGCAACCAUAAUCCUAUUUUUAAAUCACGAUCAAAUCUUUGCACGUCACCGCUAAUGCUACAUAUAUUUAUUCCAGUGUAGUAAUAGAUCAGCCGGUGAUUAACCUCCCUAUAACGCAGACGUUGUUUUCGUCUCGUCCGGGGUAGCGAAACACCGCCAACGUUACGGAGGCCACUAAUAACAAAUGCUAUAAAUGUCUGCUUGACUCGGCAAAUUGUUUUCGGAUUUAUUCACUACGACCCUGCUCUCAUCCUCGUUUGACCAGUGCCGUAGCCAGAAUGAUAAUCGGGGAGGGGGGGGGGGACAUACUCAUAUGUUCGUGUUCACAUACCAUAAAAACAAUUGAUUUCAAAAGAAAUUAAUAAAGCAGAACACGAAUAUCCAAUCCCCCCAAAUUAUCGUUCUGGCUACGGCACUGCGUUUGACCAGGGCUUAUCGCUUAAUAGAGCCUCUUAUUAUAUGGCAAGCAUCACUUCCGGUGAAAUGGCGGACUGUGAUUGGCUGAGAAGCACUGUCAGCGGUCCAUUAUUUUCCCGUAAUGGACCGGCGGUCCAUAUACAUAUAUUUUUUACGUAAUGGACCGGCGGUCCAUAUAUAUAUAUAUAUAUAUUUUUACGUGAUGGACCGGCGGUCCAUAUAUAUAUAUAUAUAUAUUUUUACGUGAUGGACCGGCGGUCCAUAUAUAUAUAUAUAUAUAUAUAUAUAUAUUACGUUAUGGACCGGCGGUCCAUUACGUAAAAACAAAGACAUUUUAAAACAAAGCAGCAAAACUAAUUGAAAAUUUGAAAAUUAUAAUUUAACUUGUUAUUAAUAAGAUAUCUGCGAAUGGUUUUUAGUGGAAAAAAAGGAAUACAUUGGUUUUUUUUUGUAAUUUUCUUCGACCAAAUGUGUACCACGCUAUUAACAUGCAUUUCAAAUCAUGACUUUCUUGUUUUUUCAAGUAUAAAUGCCUACAAAAUGCCAUAUAGUAAACUUUUUAUUAACCUCGCUUGCUCGGUAUGUAGCCUACAGAGAAAUAUCGGACCUCGGUCUUUUUGUACAAACCUCGCCCUACGGGCUCGAUCUGUACAAAAAAGACCUCCGUCCGAUAUUUCUCUGUACUGACCUCGCGUUCGGUUAAUAAGAAGUUAUUAAUAGACCAUUAAUAGACUCUUGUUUUUUUUCUAGUCGUACAUCGACAAAGCAGACAAGUUUAUAGAAGCUUUAAAUAAAUAUUCACAAAAUGAUGGAUGAUUGAUGUCCAUUUGUGAACAUUUUGUAUAGUAAAUGUGGAGGAUGCUUACAGUUCCUGCCAUAUAAUUGUACAGUAGCAACAGUGACUAUCGCUUUAUGACUAUACUAGAAAUAAUUACUGAUAGGAAGUUAUGGAAACUUUGAAUAUAUUUUUGUAUACUGUAUAUAAGGAGAAAAUGUUCUCGAGUGAGAUAUUUCAUAAUUUCCAGACCGCGCGCAAGCAGAAAACUCUGCCCUCCGUGGCUGCAGGGUCUCGAACCCGCGAC